AUGCAUCUGACGGCCAUUCUGGGGACUGAACCCCUGGUCGAUGCUGAAGAAGCCCGCUCAUCAAAUCGCGCAGAGGCCUUCAUCAUCUUCUCGCAAGCCAUCCCAUCUCAGUCGCUAGGCUUCAUUGAUGCGCAGGCUGCUACUCUCGAGUUGACCGUCGCCGGCCAUGAUCUGGUCAUACAUCAGUCUCGAGGUCUGCUGACUUCUGAUCGCAAAGAGGGGACCACGGGCGCAGUAGUAUGGAAAGUAACCCCCCUCUUCGCCUCCUGGAUCUCCUCCCCCACAAACUUCCUCUUCACCAACCACCUCCUCACCCCCACCUCCCCCGUCCUCGAACUCGGUGCCGGCGUCUCCGGCAUCGUCGCACUCAGCCUCGGUCCCCUCGUAGCAAAAUACACAGCCACAGACCAACCCUACGUCCUCAAGCUCCUCCGCCAAAACAUCACCACAAACCUCCACACCCUCACACCCCCUAAAAAGAAACCACCCCCACCCCGCACAAAAUCCCCACACCCUCGCCCAAAAAACCCCUCCCUCCCCCCUAACAUCCUCGUCCAAGCCCUCGACUGGGAAACAGACGACGUGAGCCAGUCAGACAGCCUAGACUUGCUCAUCGCAUGUGACUGCAUCUACAACGAAGCCCUCAUCGAGCCCCUCAACAGCACCUGUGCAGCCCUCUGCCGUCGCAGACGCGAUUCACAGUCUCCGACGUUGUGUCUGAUUGCCCAGCAGCUUAGAAGUCCCGAUGUCUUUGCAGCUUGGCUCCAGAGCUUCUGCGAUAAGUUUACGGUUUGGCAGGUGCCGGAUGAGAUGUUGGAUGAGGGAUUGAGGCAGGGUAGUGGGUUUGUUGUGCAUGUUGGGAUUGUGAGGUGA